GGUUCAUCGAACAUAGAGGAUGUCUAUGAAUAGCUUCAAUGACAAGUGUUUGGCUUAUGUAAGCUAAAUUUGUAAGUGUCAUCUACAAACACGUGGAUAUAACUCGUCCAGAAACGUUGAGCCCACGAUACUUGGAAGGAUGGCCGAGCGGUCUAAUUGGUGUUUACUCCAGGACUCCGGGGGUCACAGUCGACUCACUGGUUUGAGCCCUGCUGCGGCCACUUUUUGCCCUGUCUUUUGGAAAAUAAUACAACUUGUGACAUGUUUUCAGAAACUGUAAUACGUCGAUGUAUGAACGCCGUCUUGAACUGUUCCCAACGAAGAGGCAUUGCCAAUGUUGAAGCGAUUAAAACAACACCAAUACGAUGUGCAAACUCCGUUCACCGCUUUCUUGACAGAUAUGACACGUUCUUGUUCGACUGUGACGGUGUAUUGUGGGGAAAUGAUCAUGUGACACCUAUAGACGGCAUCUCAUCGGCCAUCUCAAUGCUACAGAAGCUGGGCAAGAAACUGAUUGACGUAACAAACAAUAGCACGACGUCAAGACUCGCGCUUCAGAAGAAAUUUACUAAGUAUGGAUUUGAAUCGCCUAUGGAAAAUAUAUUUGGUCCUGGAUACGUUUCGGCCAAGUAUUUAAAAGAGGUAUUGAAAGUUACUGGAAAAACGUACCUAGUAUGUGGCGAUCCAGUGAAGUGGGAAUUGGAUCAAUUAGGUAUGGAAAACGUUGGAUGUGGCUCAGAUGUUGAUAAACCCACAAAUGAUAUUCAUGAGCUCCUCGACCAUUCUUUUCAUGACGACAUAGAGGCUGUACUGGUUGGAUUUGAUGAGCAUUUUAGCUUUAAUAAGAUAUAUAAGGCCGCGAGUUACGUAUCCAAUCCGCAUUGCCAUUUUGUGGCAACAAAUAGUUUAGAAAGGGGAAUGUUUAUUGGGUCAGCUAUAGACCGUUCCAUAAUUUAUACAGGGGCGGGUAUUCUCUACGUCUUUGGCUUUUGGAAUCGCAGACUCGCACCAGUUAGCAGCAGUGUAAUGGCGGACAGUCACGUGACUGACAAUAUGGCGGCGGUCAAUUUAUCGAUUAUGGAACGGUCUAUAUACAACACAGAAACCAAUCGACGACGAUUACCGCUAACGGGUGUAAUGGUCAACUCUGUCGCAAUUGCUGCCAACAGGGAACCUUUUGUUGUCGGGAAACCGUCUCGAACAAUGUUUGAUUUCGUUUUAAAGGCACACUCCGACUUGAAUUUAAAGAGAACUGUAUUUGUAGGUGAUAAUUUGAAAGCGGACAUGGCAUUUGCGCGUACUGUUGGUAUAGAUUCAGCUCUAGUAUUGACAGGCGUUCACAAAGUCGUAGAUAUACAACACCACACUGAUUUUACACCCACCUAUGUGUUGAACAGUUUAGCAGAUAUAGCCUGCUGAUCAGUUUUGUAUCGGUAUGACGUUCACAAAAUCAUGAAAUAUAUUUAGUAUUUGGGCCCAAUGUUUUAUUUGUUGAUGCGUUAAGACAAAACAUUGGAAAAGAUGUAACGCACCAUGGAUAAGAAAACAGAUAAGGGUCCAAAACUUCUUAAUGUUAAAUGAUAAUACAAAGACAUUUUGAAUUGCUUUAAGAGGAUAUCUAAAAUAUGCAUAACCAUGUACAAAAUGUACUAGUCCUGUUAUUUUAUUCACCAUAAUUUCAUGUUUUGGUGUUUUAUUCAGAUAAUCCUCAAAUCAAUGGUAGCUUAUUUCAUCGAUAUGCAGAUAUAUAUUGUAAAACUGUUCUGUGUGUACUUGAGAAACGUUCAACAUUAAACAUUACUGUCCACAUUA